AUGGCUAACAUACAUAAUAAAAACUAUAAGCUAUGUUUUAUUUGUUCAAUUGCAAUUAAUUAUCUUUUGUUAGUUAACCUUUUCAUGAAUGAAAAUUUUGAGAAAAAUUGGACACAAAAUGCUGUUGAAGAAGCUGAAGCUGUAUCAUCUAUUUCAUGUUCCGGACAUGGAAGAGCUUUUUUGGAUGGUUUAAUUGUUCAUGGAAAAGCUAUUUGUGAAUGCAACACAUGCUAUGGAGGAACUAAUUGCUCCAAGCUCUUACCUCAUUGUAUGGUUGAUGCAGAUAGUGGAGAUCCAAUAUUUUUGGAACCCUAUUGGAUGAAGAAUGCAGCAAGGAGUGCAGUAUUAAUUUCAGGGUGGCAUCGUAUGAGUUACGAAUUUAGUGAUGGCUCUCUAAUCUCAAAAGUAUUAAAAGAACACAUUAGAAAUGUCCAUGCUCAUGUUGGAAAUGCCAAAACAGAUGGAAAGUAUAUAAUAUUUGGAGUAGGUGCUACACAUCUUCUUAAUGCUGCAGUUCAUUCCCUUUCUUCAUAUGGUUCUUCUACACCAACAAAAGUUGUAGCUUCAAAGCCAUAUUACCCGGUCUAUAAAGAGCAAAUUGAGUUUUUUAAAUCUGAUAACUGUAAAUUUAUUGGGGACACAACAAUGUGGAAAAAUAAUGAUGGUUCAAAUGUGACAUACAUUGAAUUGGUGACAUCCCCAAAUAAUCCAGAUGGGCAAUUGAAGAAGGCUAUACUUCAAGAUCAAGGGCAAAAUGUGAAGACAAUUCAUGACCUUGCUUACUAUUGGCCACAUUACACACCUAUUUUACAACCUGCAGAUGAAGAUUUAAUGAUUUUUACACUUUCUAAGUUUACCGGUCAUGGUGGAAGCCGAUUUGGGUGGGCAAUAAUAAAGGACGAAGAUGUUUACAAAAGAAUGUUGACAUACAUAGACAUGAGUACCUACGGCGUCUCUAGAGAAACUCAAUUAAGAGUUCUAAAGCUUCUAAAAGUAGUCCUUAGUGGUAAUGAAAAUAAAAAUGCAAUAUAUGAAUUUGGUUACAACACUAUGAAGAAUCGAUGGAUAAGAUUGACCAAUGUUUUGUCUCAAUCAACAUAUUUUUCAAUUCAAGACUUAAAUCCUCAAUAUUGCUCAUUUUCACAUCAGCUCCGGAAACCUUCUCCAGCUUUUGCUUGGUUGAAGUGUGAUAAUGUUUUAGGAAACAUUGAUUGUUAUGAUGUUCUCAAAACAUUUAAUAUUACCGGUCGGGCAGGUAGUUUAUUUGGUGGUACUGAUCUUAACCGUUAUGUUCGUCUUAGCUUGGUUAGAAGUGAAGAUGACUUUGAUUUAUUGUUAACAAAAAUCAAGAAACUAGUUGAUGUAGAAAGUAAAGAUUUGUGA